AUGUUCUCCGCCGCGCGUCGACGAAUUUUGGAUGGACUCAACCGCCGAUACAUCUACGGUCGUUUCCCCUUACUUCAUAGCAUCAUCUUCCUCAUAGAAAUGGCAGCGGCCAUGCGGCUGGCUGCCAAAUUCAACUCCUACUAUGCGGAAAAGCCGGUACUGACUACUAUGGUCACCAACGCGAUCCUGGGUGGUAUCGCAGACACGGUUGCGCAGCUUAUCACAGCCUUCAAAGCUCGUCCUAGCCGCCACGGUACCGGUGGAGAUGACUUCAUUUCGAUCGAGAUUCACGAUUUGGACAAGGAGAAACCACCGGCGCUUGGGGAAUUGGGACACGCCAGGAACCUACCGCCCCCGUUUGAUUUUGAGCGGUUGACCCGUUUCAUGUCGUACGGUUUCUUCAUGGCCCCGGUGCAGUUCCAGUGGUUCGGGUUCCUAUCGAGGACCUUCCCUCUCACCAAGAAGAACCCGACCAUCCCGGCUCUGAAGCGGGUGGCGGUUGAUCAGCUUAUGUUCGCUCCGUUCGGUCUGGUCUGUUUCUUCACCUUCAUGACAAUUGCUGAGGGUGGCGGACGGAGAGCCUUGACUCGCAAGUUCCAGGAUGUGUACCUGCCGACACUCAAGGCGAACUUUGUGCUCUGGCCUGCGGUGCAAAUCCUGAACUUCCGGGUGGUUCCCAUCCAAUUCCAGAUUCCAUUUGUGUCGUCGGUGGGUAUCGCAUGGACCGCAUACCUGUCUCUGACCAACUCUUCCGAGGAGGAGUAA